GCUGCGUCUGCCGUCAGUGCUGACCGUACCGCGCGCCCGGCCGCCCGUACACAACAAACAUUUACCCACUGUCUUGUAUAAAAAGCUGACAUCAACGCAACUGCAUUUAGCAAGAUCCUUUAUUAGUCAACGGUGAAAGGUUCACAAGUAUAAAACAAAAAAAUUAAUCAGUUCUACAUCAUUUAAAGUACGAGAUGCGACCAGUGGUCAUCCUGGUGUUGUUGGCGAUUGCCGCAGCUGAAGUAGCGGAGGAGCCCUGGGUGGAGGAGGAGGAUGUAGACGAUUCAUACGAUGACUACGAGCAGUCCAGGAGCAGGCGCGACGUGCAUGAUGCAGGGCCUUUCGAGGAACAUGUUCGUGUGAAGCGGUGCUGUGAGCCAAGAUCUCGAAGAGCCGCGGAGUACGUGAGGGUGCCUCGUCAACUCCAUCAGUAUGAGGUGCAUGAGUUUACAGAUGAUGGGGAGAUGGAAUCACCGCCAUAUGAAGAGAUGCUCGCCGCUAGUGCAAACCACUACCAUAAAGUGUAUGCCCCGAGUCCUCGCUACUUGAGGCCCGAUGUGAACAGUGCUAAUAUUGCUGAAGCAGCAAAUGUUGCUCCAGUGGAAGCAGUGCAGUCUCAACCGGUUCAGUUUAUCGCUAGUCCACCGGGAGCUGUUCCUUUGGCUUCGAACCCUAUUCCUAUUGACAAUCCCAUUCCAGUGUCUUCUGAACCUUUGAUCCAAGCACCGAAGCAAUUGGCUUCAGGAGACUUGUAUGGUGCAUCAACUGGACACCAUCAUUCAAAACACGCUCAAGGACAUUCUCAGGGAGGUGGACAUGCCAAACAUGGAGGACAUUUUGCUGAGCAUGGAGGAAAGACUUCUAAAGGCUACCACCACGACCACCAUAUUGACAAAGGAGGUAAAGGCUUCAAGACUGAUGAACAUCACAAAAAACAAUACGAAGAAGCCGCCGGUAAAAAGAAAAAGCAUCACGACCAUGCUGGACAUAAAGGUAGUCACGAAGAAGAAGCAUUUGGCCACAGAGGAGCCAAGUUUGAUGAGAAGAAGGGACACAAGAAAGGACAUAAGACUAAGGGCUACCACAACAAGUACCACAAGGAUGAAUUCCACAAGGAACAUAAGUUCUAUGACGACUUCCACAAGAGUGGUGAGCACCACCGAUACGGCAAGUUCAAUGCUAAACACGCAAGCAACGAGAGCGGCAAGAAGAAGGCUCAUCACGUCAACGCCGGACAUGACUUCGUUGAGAAAGGAAAGAAGGGGUACAGCAACAAAGGUCACGUUGAUGCUGAUCACAAAGGAUAUAAUGGAAAACAUGGCCACGAAGAACAUCACGAGAAACAUGCAGACCACGGCAGGAAAGGCGGUAAAGAAGGAGGAUCCCAAUGGAGCUACAAGAAAAACUAGAUCAUAUAUUCUAGGUAUUAAGAGGCAACUUCCUCUGGGAUUCUGUUGCAGUAUAUGCCAUUUAGAGACUUUGGUUAUUAGUAUGUUUUAUGUGAUACGUUUAAGAGGUUCGACGUCGUUGCUACGAAAAUUUGUUAGUAAAGUUCCUGAUUAACUUGGGGGGUUUUCCUGAGAUGGAUUCGUUAAUACACUACCAAAUGAAAAAUAUCGAAACGAUAUAAAGUGUCCACAGAUAUUCUACACGAAAUAGCAAAACUCAAUGUAAUAUUUUCUAACACCAACUCAUGCAAUUACAUUACAUUGCAUUUAAAGAAGCUAUGGUCAUUAUUGAUUUG